AUGCUGUUGCGAUCGAAGAAGCACCCGCCCCGACAAACACGCACCCACUUUUUCCUCUUCUUCGUCAUUUGCUCGGCUCUCGCACGAGCGACGUUCUUUGUACUGCUCCAUGUGCCGUUGAAUCUGCACCUCUACUUCUUCGUGUGGUUCCUCCCCGAGUUCCUCAACCUGGCCGCCUUUGUCAUGCUCCUCCGCUCCUGGAUCCGAGUGUGGGCGACCUCGCGUCACUUGGCGACCUUCACCUAUCGCAGCACGCGGGUCAAACUAUUCGUGAUCGAAGUCACCACUAUCACUUUCAUCGAGGUGGCACAAGCGGUGGUCUUCUUGGUGAUGAUCAUCCUGGGCGAGGGCUACUUUGACCUCAUGCAACGGGUGGACGCGUGGUACAUGGGCGCGCUGGAGCUGCUGCUUAUUUUGUCGAGCGGCGUGUGCAUGGGCCUGGUCAAGUACCUCGAGAAGCGGGCCAAGCGGCGGCACGACAUCAUCGAAAUCGAGCAGUCCUUCCUGAGCCUCUUCAAUCGGGUACUCGCCACUUCACGGAUGCGGUGA